AAAUAGUACAGAUAAUGCUUUUUUAUAUAUGCAUUGCGUUAAUGGCGGCGACGAGUGUAAAGUGUCAAAUGAGUCCAAGUGAAAAUUAUACACAUUCUGCAACGCUGCGAUCUGGGAAUAUCUUAUUGUAUUGGAAAUUUGAUGACAUCUAUAUUACUUUCGAAGUGAUUGGACAUACAACGGGAUGGGUUGGAAUCGGAUUUUCUCCAAACGGAGCUAUGACAGCAUCUGAUAUUAUUGUAGGAUGGGUAAAAAGUGGAAUCCCUACAGUGACGGACAGACACGGAGGCUCAUCUAACAUUUACCCACCUCUUGAUCCUGAACAAAAUAUUGAAGUACUGGGAGGUGCAGAAUCGAAUGGGUGGACAAUGUACAAAUUUUCACGUCAGAUUGCUGCGUGCGAGAGUAAUUACGAUAGAGAAAUCACGUCAAACACGGAAAAAUUAAUUUGGGCGUAUGGAGACACUGAUCCAACAGGAGACGAUCUUGCCUCAGGUGAUUACCAUGGAACCAAAAGAGGGGUUGAAAGCAUGUAUUUUCUGCAAUCUUCCGGAGCUCCAACCGGACUUCCAGUCGGGCCUGAGUAUAACACAUUUGAAGUUCGUGCAUCAGAAUUUACCAUCCCAUCAGAAGAUACAUAUUACAAUUGCAAACUUUUCAAGCUUCCGGACUUUGGUGGGAAACAACAUGUUGUUAAGUGGGAACCGAUCAUCCAAACUGGAAAUGAACUUUACGUACAUCACAUGAUUGUUUACACUUGUGGAGACAUACAGGCGAACGAAACAGAAUUGGAACAAAACACCCGUUGUUACACAUCAAAUAUGGCUCUUCUUUCCACUUGCACGGUUAUCAUUCUCGAAUGGGCAGUUGGAGCAGAAGAAAUGAUAUACCCAGAAGAAGCUGGACUAUCUGUGGGCGGACCGGGAGAUCCAAAGUACGUACAGUUGGAAACACACUACGAUAAUCCGAAUGUGGAUUCUGGAGUACUUGACAGUUCUGGAAUCCGAUUUACUUACACUUCAACAUUGAGAAAAUAUGAAAUUGGCGUCAUUCAAAUUGGAACUCUUACUAAUGGUCUUCAGCAUUUCAUUCCUCCGGGCGCCGAAAGUUUCAAUAGCAUGGGGCAUUGCACAGACGCAUGCAUCACAAAUAGAAUGGCGGCAUCUGGUCUGAACAACGUUACUGUGUUUAGUGUUGUUCUGCAUUCUCAUCUUGUUGGGAAAAAAUUAAGACUGAGACACAUGAGAGAUGGCGUUGAACUUCCGUACUUAGGCAAUGAUGAGAAUUACGAUUUCAAUUAUCAAGAAGCACGAUACUUCAAUCCAGGAGUUAUCAUGAAAAAUACUGACUAUUUCCAAAUGGAGUGUGAUUAUAACACUAAGUCUCGAACUGUGAUGACGGAGGGAGGAUAUGCUACUAUGGAGGAGAUGUGUAUGGCGUUUGUUUCAUACUAUCCAAAAUUUGAUUUAACUGCCUGUCAAUCAUCUGUCCCUCAACACAUUUCGUGGUCAUACUUCGGACUUAAUGAAAAACACAUACAACAAAAAGACAACACUGCCGGAGAUCAUCUUUCUCAUUACAUCUUGACUGGACCAGAGGAGGUUGCCGGAAAGACGAUUUUGGAAUACAUGAGCGAGCUCGACUGGAAUCAGCAAAAUAUCACAAACUUUGAAAGUUUUUAUAAUUCAGCACCGCACUGGACGUUGUGUCUUCCAGAAAACCGAAGUCAAAUAGUCGUAUCGGAGCUCGGUCCGUUCAAUAUAACAACUCCAUACAUCCCUCCAGCUAAAGAAUGUCUGGUUGCUACAACAAGCCAAACGACAACUAGCCAUGGCCAUGCAGUCAAAUCGUCUCGUGUUAUCAUUCUAAUAUGGUUGUUUUUUCUUCAGCUAUUCUCUGGCUGAAAAAACAUGACAUCCGGAAAUAUUCAUUUUUUAGAAAAAUAAUUUUCGCAUUUUAUGCCUAAUUAAGAAAAUACAAUUUACUUAUAUACAUGCAUAUAUUAAGAAACAUUUAGGUUACUCGGAUAAAAAAUUGCUUAGAUUUCUGUAAAGCAGAAAUAUAUGAAUUAAGAUGAAGAAGAAAUACGUGACUUGAUUGUAUUGUUAUAAUAUCAUAUUGUUAUAUUACUAUAAUUUUUCAUCUGCGCAUAAAUUUAUAAGAAGUUAUUUUCUAUGUUGUGCAUGUUCAAAUAGUCAUUACAGAAAAUAUCACAACAAUGAACCAAAUUGGUCCACAACUGUUAUGAAAAGUCAUCAUGUUAGGUCGAUGGUCACUUAGUUAGAUGACCUCCACGCUCAGAGAUAUGUACUGUGUUGACAUGAUGUGUGGUUGUGUCGUAGUAUUCUGCUUCUGUGAUAGGAUGUUGUAGUUGUUUUCUAAUCUGGUAGUUUCAGUUGAUUAAAAGUCAUCCGUAAUAAAUGCUUGCUGA